AUGUUCAAGAUCGGGGCGUUCACCCUGGUGCUCUUAUACGAACUAUCGCCUGCCUGCUGCUUCAAGACGUAUGAGUUGUCACGCAAGAGUCUUCAUACACACACAGUCUUGUCCAGCUGGCGCAAGGAGCUCAGGUUGCGAGGAAGGAACAAGUCAGAUCGGCAGAAGAAGGUUAAUCUGCAGGGUGAGGUUGAGUGGGGGAUCGGAAGGGAGCUGACUCGUGCCAAAGUGCCGCCUCAUGAUGACGACGUUCAGUUCGAUGAGGAUGAAGACGAGCUCAACUACCAGCGCUACACGCCGCUCCGGAAGGGUUUUCAAGAUAUUUCCCCCAACGUGACGCGGGACAUGGAGUCAUAUGCCGCAGAGGCAGCCCGUUGCCUCGAUGACGUGCGGCUGGAGGAGGCAGAGGCUUGUUACAAGCAGGCGCUCCUUUGCUCUCCUCCUCCUCAUCCUCCUUGGCUGCUCAACGCCUAUGCUGCGCUCCUCGCCGACCAGUCCAGGGUAGGGGAGGCAGAAACGAUGUUCAAGGAAAGCAUCAACGUGUCAUUGACUUACAACCUCACUCGAUCGCAUCUGCCGUACAUGUACCUCGGGCAGAUCAUGGAAGGGAGAGGAGGCAUUGAGUAUUACAAGGAAGGAAUCAAACUGUUAGAAGACAGAGAAUGUCACUUGUGCGAAGCAAACAUGCAUGAAACCGACGAAAAGAAUUCAACCACUUUACAACAGCUCUUCGCCUGUCGAGAGCAACUCAGCACUGCCUACUGCUCUCUGGCAGAAGCCCUCCUUGUCGAGGACGACACGGGCAAGUCUGACGACAAGGCUGAAGAACUCUUCUUCAAGGCGAUCAGAGUGAAGAAGGAUCAUGUUGAUGCUCUACAAGGGCUCGCCAGUCUGCGGUUGAG